AUGAAUAUAAUGCGUCGAGCAGACCAACAACAAUUAUUACCGUCACCUUAUUCUUAUUCAACAACACCUACCUCUACACCAACAACAAUUCGAAGACUGCCAGUAAUAAAUCCUCAACAGCAACAAAUGCAACUUAACAGUCAUUCACAGCAUCAUCAACAGCAGCAUUUUAUUCUUCCUUCUUCUUCUUCAAAUCGUUUUACAUCUUCAACAAAUAUUGCUCAUAAUAACAAUAUUCCUGUAUUUUUACAGCAACAAACAAAUAUUCCAAUGGAUUAUAAUAAUAUCCAACAACAUGCUCAAUUAAAUUAUCAUCAAAGAGCAACAACAAUGACAGAAUAUAGGCCAGGGUUGGAACCUAUUGAUACGCAUGGUUUGUUUUUUUUUGGAAAUUUUGUUGAUAUAAGGUUUUGUCGUCACUGAGUAGGAAACUGGAACGCCUUUUUAAUUUAUUUAUUUAUGGAGUGAUUCGUUUUAUUGCGUUUCUGGUCAUUGCUACAAAUAAGAAAGCUUGCCGUCCUGAUUUCUGCAAAUCAAGAAUUUAAUUUUUAUGGCGGCACGUUUAACGAUUUUAUACUUACAGAGAUUUUGUGUCAACUUUUUGUAGAAUCAUUAGACCUACCACCCCUCUACUAUUUCCCUAUGUUUUUUU